AUGAUGUUCAGCUUUUCUCAACUAUUGGCGCUUGCCUUGACGGGCUACGUUGCUGCUGCGCCUUCGCACCUCACUCGGCGUGCUGGCCGUGUUGUCAUCGGUUAUCGAACCGUAAACAAGAUCGAGGCAAAUGAGCUCAACGAGUAUAGAACCUUCGUCGACUUGGGCGGGUUCCAAGAUGAGAAAGCCCAAACUGGCCUGGGCAAGUAUCUGAGCCCCAGUCCCGGGGAGUGGGACGUUGGCAUCGAUAACAGCUACUGCAUCGCAUGGGCGGAUGCGGACAAGUACGACGCUGUAAGCAAGGUGUGGAUCCCGGAAGAUCACUGGUGGCCUUCUAGCGAAAAGGCCAUGAAGGACUACAUCGCUAGCCUCGGCAUUGAGAGCAGGCUCUCCCUGCGCUACUCUGAGAUCUUUGGCAAACCGGGACUUUUGCAAAUGAUGGUUCCCCUAGAGUUGUACGAGCAGUACGACAACGGCAUCGGCAUCGAGGUACAAUGCUUCGACACGCUUGACCAGCUGAGGCAGGUGGAAAAUGGGAGGGUCGACUACACUCGUGGAGACAUCCAGAAUCGAGGCCCUGCUCAGCCGGCUCCGCCCAACCCGGCUCCACCCAACCCUGCUCCUCCUAACCCGGUCCCCCCUGCCCCUCCCGCCGCCCCUAAGCCUCCCCAUGUCUAA